UUGAUGACCAGGCUGACAGUCUCCAGAGUAGUUGGGGGGUUUAUAGUGAUGAUGAUAAUGAUGCUGAUGAUGUUCAGUUCCAAGCUCCUGAUUCUCGCCCAUUGGACUGAGCUGUUGUUCGCGGCCCCGACGGCAGAUUUGUCCGUGGCGGCCCGAGUUCUUCUGCCGCAUCUGAGCGCGCAGGACAUAGUUUUGUUGAUAAUCAGCCGCCACGGGAGAGCAUGCCCUCACAGUCCACUAACACCGACUGGUUAGUGACAUCACCCCAGCCCGGGGGCCGACAGAUCCGCGACUAAUCCCUAGCUAUGGCGGGCACAUAGCUAAACUUAUUUAUGACGGCUCCGAGCGUACGCCUCCGAUUCUGGAUUGCCGUAUUAGGAAGAGACCGGUGGAGUCCAUCAUCGGACUGAGGGAUAUGUCCGAUGCGCUAAACGAUGUUCUACCUGCCACUUCCCUCGGCCGACUACCGGUCAUUAUGCACCAGCACAUCAACUGUGCUUUGAUAUCGGCGUUCGUUAAGAGGUGGCAGCCGGAUACGAACACCUUCCACAUGCCCUGGGGAGAGAUGACGAUUAUGUUGCACGACGUGCAACGCAUAUUGGGCAUUUCUAUUGAAGGUUCUCUGCCGGCUGAGCCUUCGGAGGCGGAGUGGGAGGUUGGUAUCACCAAUCUGUUCGGAGAGCCUCUGUCUGAGCUUCUACGUAAAGGUGCAUUCACCAGCGGAUGCAUAAGCGUUGCUGAACUGAUGCGGCUGUGUCAUAGGCCGCAGGCCAUGGAUACCCAAACGACAGCGUACUACAUGGCUGUCAUCGGCUCUACCUUGUUGGCGGAUAAGACCAGAAUUGGCAUGCGACCUCACCCGAUACUUGCCGUGAACGACGAUCAGCAAGACGUGGCCUGGGGUGCGGUGACCUUGGCGUUCUUGUACAGGCAGCUCGGAAUGGCAUCAAGGGCUGGUUGCAAGACCAUUGCUGGAUGCCUCACAUUGCUCCAGACAUGGAUCUAUGAGUACUUUCCCGCUUUCUGCCCUCAUCCUCGCCGAGAAGAUGUGCCAAACAUUACUAGGGCGGAGAUGUGGACACCGAAGAAACCAUGUCGUGAGCUGGACAGGUUGAGGGAAUGUCGCAAGGUUCUUGACUCAUUGACGGAGACUCAGGUUGAAUGGACUCCCUACAAUUCUGCUGCUGGUGCGUUGCUGAAUGAUCACCCACGCACCACCGUAAUCGGGGGUAUCACAUGCUUUGAUGUUGUGGAGGUGUAUUUGCCGGAGCGGACAUUGCGACAGAUUGGGUUCGUGCAGGCUAUUCCUCCCGCUCCUAUUAGACCAGCCAAGGCUCUCCGACCGGCACACGGUACCUACUCCGUGACCUUUCCUUCUUCAGCUGUAUAUUUGGAGGCAUGGAGUAGGUUCCCCUAUAGUGCCCGCCUUGUUGAGCAGGGACUUCGUCGGGCUUCUGUUCCUUCAGAGGCUGAACCUAAUUACGUUGAUUGGUUCAGAGUGUGCUCACACCCGUACAUAGCCCUUCUCAGAGCAGAUCUGAAUACUUCCUGAAUGAAUGGCCCAGUCGAUUCGCUCCAGUGGCAAGACUACCUGCUAAGCUUGCGGAUUUGAACCCCCGUCAAUGACAUGCCUUAGAAAUA